AUGGUCUUUGGAAUAAAAGACUUGUUACUGUCAGCCACACCAACAACAGAUGGAAACCUAAAAAAAGUUUUAGGAAAGGGGCAACGAGAACUUAAUUAUUCUACUGGAGGUGACUACACAAAACAACAAAGAGCCAAAGCAAAUCCACGAGCAACCCGUAACCCUAGCCUCUCUAAUUCCAGGACAGAGCAACAAUUAAACAAGGCCCUCACAGAGAUCAUGGAAGAGGAGUACGAAAUCAUCACACCAGCCUUAAGGAAGUAG